AUGACAAGAGUAGUUUUUCCUGUCUGAGUUGGAGAAAUAGGACAGAAAAUAUAUAAUGAGUAUUGAGAAAAAUAUAAUAUAACGCCAGAAUUUGAUUCUUGUUUAUAUUUUGAUGGAGUUCAUAUUGCUACUGUUUUAGAUUAUAUAUAAUUUUAAAUAAAUAGUAUUAUUUUUUUUUAUUAGAAAAGUAGUUAAUUAUGUAAGCAUUUAUUAUGAAAAAAAAGCUUAUAAUAAAUAGAGGCCAAGAUUACACUGACCCGCUUAAGCUGAUGUCUACCAUAAGAGUGGCAAAAUCUAAUGGAUGCACAGGCCCUAUUUCUAUUGACCCAGAAAGCAAUGACAGACUUUUGCUAACUAUUAGAAAAAUAACUAUUUUUUGCCCGCCCUUCGUGAGCAAAUAAAAAUUUUUUUAAUAGAAAAAUUUUUUAUGGAAAAAAUUUUGAUAUAUAAGUGAUAUAGAAAUUUCCCAUAGAUGGCGCUGUUUGCCCUUGAUUUGCCCAUGAGAAAAAUUUUUUGGUUUGACCAAACCAUAUGGGACUGGCCGAACCAAAAAAUUUCCCCAGUGGGCAAAUCAAGGGCAAACAGCGCCAUCUAUGGGAAAUUUCUAUAACUAUUAUAAUGAAAUCUUGAGCUAAUUUAGUUUAAUUUUAAAACAAAUUUUGCAAAUUAAAUUAAUAUUUGCGAAUUUUUUUUAAAAAAAAAUAACCCCCUCUGUGAGCGAACAAGAUUUUUUUGUUCGCUCACGGAGGGGGGCAUAAAGGAAGAGGGCUUAUGUUUGGAUAUUCUUUUUGGUUUUCGCAGUUACCUCUGCAAUAGCUUUUAUUAUAUAUCAAAAAUGGUCAAAUAUAUCUGUAGAGAUUCUUGAAGAAAAAAAAUCUAUAGAUGGUUUUAUUGUGGAGGAACAAUACCUAUAGACUUCUUCGAAUUUGCCUCAAUGGGACUUAAUUUUUCAGAAUUUGGGUCAAUCCUGUCAAAUUAA